AUGGAAACUUAUAGUGCAGAAGACACUAUUCCAAUGGACCUCCCAAGAGAAAGGACAGCAAAAGAUCUUCCAAGGAAGAAAGCCAGCGUUUUUGUCAGGAUGAUAGUCCCAGAAACAUUCCUUCGGAUCCAUUGGGGUAAAGAGAGCAGGGGACCUAGAGCUGUUUUAAUGACGAGAGAUGCUACGUGUGGCCCAGGGCUAGCACGUACCCGACUACACAGCCGUGACCCUCCUCAGCUACAUAUUUAUGUAUUCGGUGACCGAUCGAUCCUUCUAACAGGUAGUCGUCAUCUCCACAGCUGCCCAAAGUCUAUCCUUCUAUCUCCAUCUCAUGUAAUGUAUUCAGCGCCCAUCCUUAGGUCCAAAGAAGUACGAGUUGGAAGAUUCUCGACGCCUGACAUUUGUAAAGGACUAAUAGAAAAAAAACCUAUAUCAGCGAGUGAACAUCCCAAUAGUCAGCUAGAUGGAAGAAUGAGGAGUAAAAUCAUCAGAAUGUUCAUCGUUUUCGGACGUUUCACUUCUUCUCCGUUUCACUUUUUUAUUCAUCGUAAAUUUUGUCAUGUUGCUACACCGGUAGCGGUCGCACUAGGAGUGAAAAAACCCACCCCUGCCGCGUCCUCGGCCCCGCUCGGCUAUAGUCGGGGCCCCGCCCAUCGGGUCACGUGGUACCGACCACGCCCCCCUCCUCGCCAAAAUGGCCUCCCGCCAUCCCCACCUCCCCGCUACCUCCCGGCAGGUACUCCCAGGAUCCGGCUAGUCCAGGGUUCAAGGUCCGCAACGGUCGAUACCGGCUACAUACAGCCCAUCCGCAAUGGGGUCACUACACCUCACUCUGUUUACAACACACUUUAUGAUGUUUUAUUUAGAGUAGAAAUAUAA